AUGACUCGAUUUACUACCACUCUAGUCGCUGCUCUCGCCGGAGCCAACUUGGCCGCUGCCAAGUGCAGCUACAAGUGGCGCGCUCACGCCGGCGACACCUGCGAUUCUCUGAGCUCCGACUGGAGUGUCCAAGUGAGCGACUUCAUCAAGUGGAACCCCUCUGUCGGCGCCAACUGCUCCAACGGUGUGACCGCUGGUCAGGAGUACUGCGUCGAGGAUAAUGGUGCUGGUAGCAAGCCUACGACGCCUCCCACGGGCUCUCCCACCACUCUCACUACCGCUGUCACCACCGCAUCGAGCACUCCUACUCAGCCUACCGAUGGCGCUCCGUCGCCUAUCCAGGACGGUGUUGCCAAGGACUGCAAGUCUGCACACAGCUGCAAGGCUUGGUACAAGGUCCAGGCCGGUGACACUUGCGACAAGAUUGUUAGCAAGUACGGUGCCUUUUCCACCGACGACUUCCUCAAGUGGAACCCUGCCGCUGGCAGUGACUGCACUGGUCUUUGGGUCGACUACUACGUCUGUGUUGGCGUUGCUGGUACUCCUACCUCGCCCACCGGCUCUAACCCCAGCAAGCCCAGUUCUACCCAGGCUGGCGUUGCCAAAGACUGCCAGAAAUGGUACAAGGUCAAGAGUGGCGACACUUGCGACAAGAUCAAGAACCAGUUCAACACCUUUUCUCUCGACGACUUCCUGAAAUGGAACCCCGCUGCCGGAAAGGACUGCUCCGGCCUCUGGGUCGACUACUUUGUCUGCGUCGGCGUUCCCGGCACUCCUACCUCGCCGACCGGCUCCGACCCCAGCAAGCCCUCUCCCACCCAGGACGGCCUCACCGACAAGUGCACCAAGUUCUACAAGGCCCAAAAGGGCGACACCUGCCAAAAGAUUGUUGACAGCCUCCGCACCUUUACCGUCUCCGAGUUUACCAGCUGGAACCCCGCUGUCGGCAAGGACUGCACCGGCAUCUGGGUCGACUACUACUACUGCAUCGCCGUCCCCGGCACGCCCGCCAACCCGGGCCCGGUCAGGCCCAGCCCUGUCCAAGACGGCAUCACCAGCAAGUGCAACAAGUACUACAAGGUGCAGAGUGGUGAUUACUGCGACAAGAUUAUCAACAAGUACAACAAGGCCUUCAACCUCGAGCAGCUUGUCAGCUGGAACCCAGCUAUUGGCAAGGACUGCAGCCAUCUCUUUGUGGAUUUUUACAUUUGCGUCGGUGUCCAAGGCUGA